CUCUCUCUCCCCUCCUCUCUCUACCGCCCGGGCUCUCUCAAGCGACGAGCGCCGUGAGGUAAAUACAAGCAGCAUCUCAAAAUGGCGGCGCCACCGAGUCCCGGACGAGGCGCGGUGGUAGCGCCGCAGCCGGAGCCCUUCUCCUCGAACUUGGCGGCAGAGAGCAGGGCCUCUCCGCGCGGCUUCCCGUCAGCUGCCAAGCGCUUGAAGGGGGCAGAAGAGCGGACGCUCAAGGGGCCUAAGCGCGUUAACGGCGAGGGCGGCGGCAGUAAUAGGCAGCAGCAACAGCCGCCACCGCCGCCGCACAUACCAGGGGCGCCAACCCCGGUCGGUCACGGAAGCCCCGCCGUGUGGAGUUUCACGGCGUUCUCUUCGGGCGGCGGCGGCUGUGGCGGGAGCGCGGCGAGCAGCGGCGGGUCUUUCGUUUUCCCGCCUCAGCUGCCCCACAAGUUGCUGCUGCCGCCGCCUCCGCCCUCCCACCGCUGCCUGGCCUCGGGCGCCGACGGAGGCGGCCGCAACAGCACUAGCGCCGGCGGCAGCAAGACCAAGAGGCCCAAGGAAAAGCGGGACAAGGAGAAGAGGAAACUCGGGGCCCUGCCUGGGUCGUCCAUGGUGGCGGCAGCAGCAGCAGGAGGAGGAAGAGGCGGCGGCGGCCCGAGCACGGCUGGCCGGGAGGAGAACGGCGACGUGAAAGCGCUCCUGCUGCAACAGCAGCACCGCCACAGCCACAGCCACCGCCGGGAAGAUCAAAUCAUCAGAGACAAAAUUGCAGAAAGGGAUAAGGAAAAGCAGAAAGAAAAGAAGAAACACAGGUUAAUGUCUGAAAUUAAGAAAGAGAAUGGAGAGAUGAAAUUAUUUCAGAAAGGUAUAAAGGAGAAACCAAAAAGCAAUGCAGAAGAUCUACAGAUUAAAAAAGUAAAGAAGAAAAAGAAAAAGAAGCAUAAAGAGUGUGAAAAGAGGAAGCGCCCAAAAAUGUACAGUAAAUCUAUUCAGACCAUCUGCUCGGGAUUAUUUUGUGACACUGAGGAUCAAGAUGCCAAAGGCAUAAUCAAAAAUCAUCUUAAGGAUUUCAAUGGAAAAAAUAUGGAUCCCAAGAAGGACUCUGAGUACAAGAUAUCAGAGAACAGUGAGUUUCCAUUUGUCUCGUUAAAGGAGCCACGGGUUCAGAAUAAACUCAAAAGGUUGGACAUGUUGGAGUUCAAACAAUUCAUUCAUAUUGAGCACCAGCCUAAUGGAGGUGCUUCAGUUAUCCAUGCCUACAGUAAUGAACUCUCCCACUUGUCUCCUGUGGAGAUGGAGAGAUUUGCAGAAGAAUUUGUGGGUCUGGUUUUUGGUGAAAAUGAAAACUGUGCAGCUUACUAUGUAAUGGGAAUUGUUCAUGGGGCAGCUACUUACUUACCUGACUUUUUAGACUACUUUUCAUUUAAUUUUCCCAAUUCGCCAGUGAAAAUGGAGAUUUUGGGAAAGAAAGAUAUAGAGACAACGACUAUGUCAAAUUUUCAUGCUCAGGUAAAAAGAACAUAUUCCCAUGGUACAUACAGAGCUGGCCCAAUGAGACAAAUCAGCUUGGUUGGAGCAGUGGAUGAGGAAGUGGGGGACUAUUUUCCAGAAUUCCUAGAUAUGCUGGAAGAUUCACCUUUCUUAAAAUGUACUUUGCCAUGGGGGACACUUUCUAGUUUGAAACUAGAGAGUCGUAAAGAUAGUGAUGAUGGCCCUAUUAUGUGGGUACGUCCAGGAGAACAAAUGAUCCCUGUGGCAGACAUGCCAAAGUCACCUUUCAAAAGGAAAAGAACAACCAAUGAAAUAAAAAACCUGCAGUACCUACCUCGUAUUAGUGAACCUCGUGAAAUGCUUUUUGAAGACAGGACACGAGCCCAUGCAGAUCACAUAGGACAAGGGUUUGAACGACAGACUACAGCAGCUGUGGGAGUAUUAAAGGCAGUGCAUUGUGGAGAGUGGCCUCAACAACCUCGUAUAACCAAAGAUGUAAUUUGCUUUCAUGCAGAAGAUUUCUUAGAUGUAGUUCAACGAAUGCAACUAGAUCUGCAUGAACCUCCGCUUUCACAGUGUGUCCAGUGGGUUGAUGAUGCAAAACUUAACCAAUUACGAAGGGAAGGCAUUCGAUAUGCCAGAAUUCAGUUGUAUGAUAACGAUAUUUAUUUUAUUCCAAGGAAUGUUGUGCAUCAGUUUAAGACAGUUUCAGCUGUGUGCAGUUUAGCUUGGCAUGUUCGGCUCAAGCUCUACCACUCAGAGGGAGAAAAUCAAAGCAUCUACGAAGCAGGCCUGCCCACAGAUCCCACAUCUUCUGCUAUAGGACUUCAAACUGACAGUGUAAUCCAUGCAGCAAGUAUAAAUGCCUCUGAAGACACUAAAUUUUCAGGCAUUCUGCAAACUAAAUAUGUCAAACAGGAAUUUUCAUGCACACAUGAACCUGCUGCAUCUUUCCAAAAUAAAGAGGAACCAAUUAUUGUUAAUCUUCCAGAAAAGACAGUAGCACCCAAUGUGAUGGAAUGUCAGAAUGUUAAAGCAAAGCUGGAUCAUGGUCAGUUGACAGGGUCUACGUUUGAAACUGUGUCAGAAUAUGAACCUGAAGACAAAGACUUGCAGGACAGCUUGGGUCUGGGGGGUCAUGUGAACCUGGAGGAUACCAGACAAAGCAGUUCAGCAUAUUCAAGUCUGCAUGGCAAACAAGAUGACUUUUUGUGUUGAAGUUGUUCUGUGUGUGUAUAUAUAUUUUUAAAUUCCUUUUUAAACAUAAUAAUGUAAAGAUGCUUAAAUUCUGUGAGUCAGGUUUGUUACUUGCCUCGCAUCUGUUUCAGAAAAUAGUUUAUGUAGCUUUGUAACAUUCCUCAGUGCCUGUCCAUAACUGUGAAAGUAUCAAAGCACUUAGGGCCAGAUGCACUGUAAACACUGCAGGUGUAACAUAAAGAAGUCUUUAAAUAUGAGUUGUAGGUUUUAGACUAGAGCUGACAUUUAACAUAUAUUUUUUGUAAGAUAAGCCAGAAUUCUUUUUGACAAUUCCAGGCUUUUCCAUAGAGCUUAUUUAUACCAAUUUUUCUUUUUCUUUUUAACGUGUCAGCACUGUAGUGUAAAUAGCUUUUUUUUAAAAAAAAAUCUUUUUAGUGUGAUUUAUAUUGAAAUGUGAGCCACUUAAUAAAGGUUCAUAAUAACAA